UUGAGUACCCUUGGUUAUCGAGCGAGGAGUUAGCCCGGUUGCUGGAGUCUGACUUGCUCUGCGUUGCGAACGAAGCCGACGUCCUCUCGGCUUGCAUCCUCUGGGCUAACCAGCAGACGCCAGAAGAGGUGGCACGUCUACCCGAGCUGCUCAGUCGCGUACGCCUCACUCUCGUUCAUCCGACUAUACUGGCAGGUAAAAGCGAUCCCUGA